AUGAGUAGACUUUCCUUUUUAUUCUGUAUUACAACAAAUGGCUACAGAAUUUCUGGCGAGAAUACUUUGUAUGUACCCCGCACAACACAUGAAGCUAUGAUUUACUAUGUUUUAUUACUACUUCCAAUGUACUGUAUAGAGGCUAAAAUAGAACAACAAUGGCAGUAUGACAUGAUUUCAAAUACAACAACUACAGCGAUGAAUUUUGAAGAAAUUGGAGAGGAACUUCAUAGAUACACCUGGCAGAUACCCUACCUCAAUGUGUUGCUACGUGCGAAGCAAUUGGAAAGCGAUGACGCCAACCCAUAUGUGCGUUGGUUCCUUCGUCAUAACAAUCUGCCACUAAUUAUUAAAGUCUAUGAUGAGCUGGAUCUUGUCAAUAAGACGGAGUUGUCAUUGUCAGUUAAAAGUAACCGCGAUAGUUUCGUGAUUAUGACUGAUUCGCAGCAACUAGCCAAGGUCGCGCAGCAUUUUGUGCAACGAGCGGGAGUAUUCUUUUUCAUACUCAGUGACACGCAAUUGCCGGCAGAUAAUAGUAAUGUGCUUCAUGCUUUAAAUACGUUAUGGACUAAAUAUAGAGCUUUCAAGAAUUUCUUGCUCACAGUUGAAGGUAUUUUUUAUUUUAAUCCUUUUGACUACAAUUAUACCCGGCAAAGCUAUGGGAAAAUUGUUCGUUAUGAGCACAGUGAAUCGCUGGAUACUGCACUGUUUCGGGACAUGCAUGGCUAUCCGUUGCGUGUGCAAAUUUUCAAAUCAGUCUAUGCCCGCCCAUAUUUUAAUAAAAGCAAUCCAUCGAUUAAGGAUGUAUAUGGCGUGGAUGGACGUGUGGCAGAACUUUUACAACAACGUAUGAACUUUACAAUGGCCUUGCAAGAGCCAGAUCCCAACUAUUUUGGUGAACGCUCGAAAGAUGGUAAAUAUAAUGGUGCGAUUGGCUCAAUUAUUGAGGAUAAGAUCGACUUGUGUCUCACGGGUUUCUUUAUAAAAGAUUAUUUGGUGGGAGAUUACAUGGAUUUUACGGUAGCCGUUUACGAUGAUCAAUUAUGCAUUUACGUGCCAAAAGCUCAGCGCGUUCCGCAAUCUAUUUUACCACUGUUUUCGGUAAAUGUGGACGUUUGGUUAGGUUUCAUACUGACCGCUUUCGUAUGCUGUGUAAUAUGGUGCAUAAUACGACAACUAAAUAUAUACCUCAACAUUAGAAAGUGCGCCGACACACCGCUUGAACGUAGUCAGUGGUGGCAAUUCGUCAGAAUCUACAUAGACACUUGGGUGCUUUGGGUGCGUGUGAAUCUUGUGCAGUAUCCGCCCUUCAACUCGGAACGCAUCUUUAUAGCAUCACUUUGCCUGGUCAGCGUUAUAUUUGGCGCUAUAUUCGAGUCCAGUUUGGCUACUGUAUUCAUACAUCCGUUAUAUUAUAACGAUAUAAACACAUUGCAGCAACUUGAUGAGAGUAAUCUAAAAAUCAUAUACAAAUACUCUUCAAUGGCGGAUGAUCUAUUUUUUAGCGAAACAUCUCCACUUUUUGCAAAUCUCAAUAAGAAAUUAGUGCAUGUGCAGAACUUAAACGCCGAUGUUAUAUUGGAUAUUGCCAAAAAUGGUGGAAAAGCCGGAGUCUCACGCGCCAAUUCGCUGCUGUUAGAAUCUCUGCAAUUCAUAUUGUCAAAGCAAGUCUAUAUUGUACCUGAAUGUCCAAAAGAUUAUACCAUUUCGUAUGUCAUACCGAAAGAUGCCCCCUGGGAGGAAGCUAUCAACAAUUUGCUCCUACAAUUCGCUUCUUUGGGACUAAUUAAAAAAUGGAUCAACGACAUGAAAACCGCAGUUGACAUCGAUAUAAUGAAAAGCAGCAUGGAUUUCGAGCAAACCAAUACAUUUAAAGUGCUUACGGUUAACGAUUUACAGUUGGCGUUCUAUGUGGUUAUAUUGGGCAAUUCUCUGGCCGGAUUGUCAUUAAUCAUUGAGUUCUGUCUCAAAAGAUGUAGCAAAUGUACGAAGAUUAAAAUGAAAGACGAUGGAAUAUAAUGCGGUAUUCGUGGUUGUUGC